AUGAAAAGUACUAAAAGAGAGCGAGGUCCGAAUUGGGAUACUCUAGAGAAAGAAAUAUUUUUCCAUUGUGUAGCUAAAGUGAAACACAUUAUAGAAGAUUCAAAAAAAGAUUUUAACUCAAACCUAAAAAAACACGAAGCUUGGGAAAAAGUAACAAAUGAGUUUAAUUCACAUGCUCAAGUUCAAAAGAGAGAAGUAAAGAAUUUAAAAACAUUUUGGGAAUCAGAAAAAGCCAAAUCUAGGAAAACAUUCACUUCUGAAAGGUAUAACAGAUUGAAAACUGGAGGAGGUUCAUAUGAAACAACAGCUGAUAAUAUUCAAAAUCCUGAGGUGGAGGAACUUAUUGGAAAACCGCAUAUUGUAGAGUGGAAAAAUAAUUAUGACAGUGAUGGUGUGGCAUUUGAAAAAUCAAAAACCAACAGUUCAAAUAUUAUGGACAGUUCGGGUAAUAUUGUUCAUUUGGAAAUUAUCAAUGCUGAGACACCAAUAUAGAUUUCUGAUGAAUUAUUUACUGAAACAGAUUUUAGUGGGCCGAAAUCAGCUAUUAUAAUAGAUAUAACUAAAACUCCAGUUAAUGAAAGCUAUAUAAAACCAGUACAACCAGAAAAAAGAAACCAUAUUGAAAACAUCACAAGCAAAUCCGCCAAAAAAGAUGGUAUCCUAAAAGAAUGUGAGCUGAGAGUAAAGAGGCAAAAAAUGGCAAUUGAAUCAGAAGAAAAAAUGAAUAAGUUAUAUCUAGAUUUUAAAUCAGAAACUUAUAAUGCAGUCUGUAGUAGCUAA